GCCUACCAUCUAUUCUUCUGCUAUUGACAACCUCUCCCUUUUCAGCUUGCAUGACUGGAGCUCUCACUAGCGCUGCUAGUGGACAAUCAAUCCUACACACCCACCUUCAGACAGACUCGCAUUUCUCAUUUCUUACUUCUAGUCUAAAUUAGAUAGCAGGACGUAGUGUCGGAGCUCACAGAUCGCAGAGAAUUAGUCUGAGGCAUUAGCGUUAGUUUGAUAGCGAAUCUGACAAAAAAAGAGAGAAAAAUCAACAUGGAGUCCCCUCCAGAUCCAGCGAGCGACCCGGGUAACAGCGCCUCGGAGCCGGCUACCCCGGUCAGGGAAACCCCGGUAAACCUGGAGACGCUCCGGAAAGCGGACCAUCCAGCCCCGGUUCGUAAGCAGACCUGCUCAAGCACCAACAGAGGUAUCUCCGUAACAAAGAAGACACACACUUCUCAAAUCGAAAUAAUUCCCUGCAAGAUCUGUGGAGACAAAUCAUCAGGCAUCCAUUACGGCGUGAUAACAUGUGAAGGCUGUAAGGGCUUCUUCAGGAGGAGUCAGCAGAGCAAUGCAGCGUACUCCUGCCCCCGUCAGAAAAACUGCUUGAUCGACCGCACCAGUCGCAACCGCUGCCAGCACUGCAGGCUGCAGAAGUGCCUGGCUGUGGGAAUGUCACGGGAUGCGGUGAAGUUUGGCCGCAUGUCAAAGAAGCAGAGAGACAGCCUGUACGCUGAGGUCCAGAAGCACCGGCUGCAGCAGCAGCAGCGAGACCACCAGCAGCAGCCCGGGGAGGCAGAGCCGCUCACACCCAGCUACGGCCUCUCGGCCAACGGCCUGACGGAGCUACACGACGACCUCAGCGGCUACAUGGACAGCCACACUCCUGAUGGCAGCAAGCCCGACUCGGCGGUCAGCAGCUUCUACCUGGACAUCCAGCCGUCCCCUGACCAGUCAGGCCUGGACAUCAACGGCAUCAAGCCGGAGCCCAUCUGCGACUUUGCCCCUGGCUCCGGCUUCUUUCCCUACUGCUCUUUCACCAACGGCGAGACCUCCCCCACCGUUUCCAUGGCUGAACUAGAGCACCUGGCCCAGAACAUCUCAAAGUCGCACAUGGAGACCUGUCAGUACUUGAGAGAGGAGCUUCAGCAGAUGACCUGGCAGGCUUUCCUUCAGGAGGAGGUGGAGAGCUACCAGAGCAAGCCCCGGGAAGUCAUGUGGCAGCUGUGUGCCAUCAAAAUAACAGAGGCCAUUCAGUAUGUGGUGGAGUUCGCCAAGCGCAUCGACGGCUUCAUGGAGCUGUGUCAGAACGAUCAGAUAGUGCUGCUGAAAGCAGGCUCUCUGGAAGUGGUGUUUGUCAGAAUGUGCCGUGCCUUUGACUCGCAAAACAACACAGUCUAUUUCGAUGGAAAAUACGCCGGACCUGAUGUGUUCAAGUCAUUAGGCUGUGACGACUUGAUCAGCUCCGUCUUCGAGUUUGGCAAAAACUUGUGUUCUAUGCACCUGUCUGAGGAUGAGAUCGCCCUGUUCUCCGCCUUCGUGUUGAUGUCUGCUGACCGAUCCUGGCUGCAGGAGAAGGUGAAAGUGGAGAAACUCCAGCAGAAGAUCCAACUGGCCCUUCAACAUGUUCUGCAGAAGAACCACAGAGAGGAUGGUAUUCUUACAAAGUUGAUAUGCAAAGUGUCGACACUGCGAGCGCUGUGCAGUAGGCAUACAGAGAAGCUCACGGCUUUCAAAGCAAUAUACCCAGACAUUGUGCGUGCCCACUUCCCCCCCUUAUACAAGGAGCUGUUCGGAUCAGACUUUGAGCAGUCCAUGCCCGUAGAUGGGUAACACCCAUCUACGGGCAACGUGGGGGCAACGUGGAGGAGGAAUCUGAGACACUUUACUGGUGCCCUGCACAAAACCGGAGCAGACAGAUGGCAACUUUUUUCCUUGUUUUUUUUUUUUUGCAGUGGAGGGGGGAGGGCAAUGGGGAUGUGAUUGUCAAGGUUUAGUUGAAUUAAGGUCUCAGAGGAAGACGCAACAGAACCCCAGCGGGACAUGAAGAGGAGAUGGGAACAAAUAAUUUCUGUUUGGCUGAACUUGGCCCCUUUAUGCACCUUUUUGGAAGAAAACAAAAUUUCACCAGUGUUUUUUGUCUUUAUCAUGAUGUGCGAGAAAAAGAAUAAACAACAAUUAAAAGACGACCGCAUCAGUAUUAUCCUCCAGGUUUGCACUCCUUAAACAAUUUUUAGUAUUUUCACAAACACAAACCUUUCAUAUUUACAAUACCUAAUCCCUAGAAUGAAUAAAGGCACCUAAGAAAUGUGCACACUUUGGUCAAGUUCAGCCAUUUUUCCAAAUUGUUUUUUUUUUUCUUUGUUUUUGUUUUGGAAGCAGCGAUCAGCAAUUUACUGAGAGGUUCCGUCGGCAUGGUGAUGCAAUCGACACCUCCUUAAGGACAAUCGUUUGAAAAGGAAAAAAAAAGAAAGAAAUCUAGAAUUCUGGUAAUUCUUAUAAAAACGCAAUGAUUUUAGCUGUCAAGGACUCCAUCCACCAUUGUUGCAUAGUAAAAAUCAUGUAAGGCCAUCUGCUAUUAAUCCUUCUCUGGACAGGUGCCCUGAAGAAGCCCGUGGCACCGACGCAAUGAAAAGGCUCCAUUCCACCUGUUUUAUAAUGUACUACAGGGUAUAUGGUCAUAAGUACUUACUAUACAGAAAAAAAAUAAUGUUUAUAGAAUCUAUUUUAAAUAACAUGUAUGAUAUUAGUAGUUAGACCAUUCUUAAUUGUUGAAUUGAUAAGGCACUUUUAUUUACACCUUUGUUUAAUUUAAGACUUGUAUAUUUACCUAGUGAUGUGUUGCAUGUGCACAAGAAGUACAAGCUGAAUCAUGGUCACAGACGUUACUCUCGGGAGCUACGGAUGGUAUUGGUCUGAAAGUGUUCGGAGGGUGGGGGUUCUGUUAGGAUAGCCCAUGCGGCUGCAGGACCCAGAUCGUUGAGGCGUGGAUUUGGAGGCAAACUAAAGGCACUUCUUUUUUCUGCAACAACUGCAAGUGUACUGCAUAAUUUAAGUGACAAUGCACACACAAAUUAGGAUUCUGAUGAUCCCUUAUGACGUAUGUUAAACACUGUUAAAUUAUAAAAACUUUUGAGGUCGAGAUAUUUGCAGGUUAUUAUAUAUUAUAUACAUGUUUAAGCUUUGGAUUUAAAUUCUUGUUUGACAGACUGCAUAGAUUAUGUUUAACACAAAAAAUAUUUUUUUCCCCAUGUGGUCAUAGUGUAGAAAACACAUUGAGAUUGUAAUCCAACUGUUCCACCUAGUGGAAGAUAAAAAUAAAACAAGCACGUAAGGCAGAGGUGCUCUUAAUACUCUAAAAACACACCUACAGUGCUUUGCUAAAUAAUUCAUACCCCUUGAACUUACCGAAUAGAACAUUUUAUCAUGUAACAAUCUUUUGGUGCAAUCUUGAAUGUAUUUUAUUGGGGUUUUAUGUGAUGGGCCCACACAAAUAGUAAAUAAUUAUGAAGGGGAAGGAAAGUGAUGCAUGUUUUUCUCCCAUUUUAUGUUUUUACACAAAAAAGUCUGAAAGUCUAGUGCACAUUUCUAUUUCCACAUUUUAGCCAAAUAGUGUUAUUUUGGUCUCAUCAGACAAGAGAAACUUUCUGUCAUUAGAUGAGAAAUUUUACAUCUUUCUUCCAACAACAGCUUUAAUCCCUCCACAUUUAAUAAAAAUCAACAGCUUUUCCCCAACUUUAUCCCUGACCUGUCUUCAUGAUCCUGUUUGUUCACUGUUUUCUAAAAAAAAAACUUCUACGGCCUUUACAUUAGAUUAGGUUGUUUAUUCAGUAAUUAGGUGACUUCUGAAGUUAACUAGAGUGAAUUAAUCUGAUUUAAGAAAAAAAACAGGCCGCACUUUUAAGAUUUUUCUUUUUUGUAACACAGCUUGAAAGGUUAUUCUUUCGAGUCAGCAUUAUAUGCAUUACUUUUUGUUGAUGUGCCACAAGUUUGUAACUUGACCCAAAAAAAAAGUUCAAGGGGUAUGAAAACGUUUUGCAUAGCACUGUACAAGCCUCUGUCAAAGGUGUUUUUUUUUUUUCCUUUUUCAAUAUGAGUUACUUUUUGCCUUCUUGCCAUAGCCUCAGCCUGGCAGCAGCUUAAGAGGACACAGAAGAAAACAGUGAAGGGAAAGUGAAUAUUAAAAGCCUUGUCUGGAAGUAAAGCUUCUAUUUUUGUAACUCGUUUUGGUUUAAGAAACCCACGAAAGAGGAUGAGGGAGAGGAAAAAAGAUGUCAGGUAGCACUUAACUGUAUCCCUGCAAUAAUUAAGACCAGCUGUUUGUUUGGUUAGGAGGGGGAAGUAUAAAAGAAAAAUGGAAAAACAGUAGGACAAGUGCUAUUUUCAGAAUGCUUUGUUGUUGUGUUUCUGUUUUUGUUGAGUGUGUCUUUCUUGUCAAUGUGGUGGUAAAAAGUGGUUAAAAAAAAAAAAAAAAAAAACCCUGGUCGUGCCAAACUGUAGUCGUUGCUUCCGCUUUCCAGUCUACCUGAUUAAAAUGUAGAAUGGAUUCUGAAGACAUUCCAGCAAUCUCGGUAGCAGCUUCUUGAAAUAUCUUAAAAGAAAAAAGAAAAGAAAAAAUAUCCCUUUAGAAAACCCAGCAAAACGUGUUAAUACAUUUGUCAGCAACUGUAAAACAGAAUCAAGUUUUGUUUCUUCAUUUUUCUGUUUGCACACUAUCAUUCCUCUGCCGUGCAAUUUGCACAAGACGUUAAUGCCUUGUGCUGUCACCCCUCAGGGAAGAAUUGUUGAUUUUCUUUCGCCUUUCUGUUUGAGAGGACAUUUGUUUGUAUUCAUCGUGUUUAGUUAAUUUUUACUUUCUUUGUUUCAGAGAUGUUUUCAUGGGAAGUGGUUGAAAUUAGAAUUAAAAAAUGUAUUACUGAGUUCACAUUUCUGAUGUACAGUUCAAACCAGAUGUUUAUUUACACUUUGUUGAAAACAUACAAACUUUUAGUCAUUGUCUGACUUUAUAUCAGACUAAACUUUUCCUGUUUAAAUAAUUUAGGAUUUCCUUAUUUGUUUUCCUAAAGGUCGAAAUAAUGACAGACACAACCUGUGCUCUAAUUAAAUUAAAAUGUUUUGGCAUAAUAACCAUUGUUACAUUUGGAGGGAAAAAGGGAAGCUUAAACGCCUCCGAACAUCAUCCCAGCUGUAAAGUAUGGUAGUGGCAGCAGUGUGUUGUGGAGGUGUUUUGCUGCAUGAAGGACUGGUGUACUUAUCAAAAUAUAGUUUGCAUCAUUAGGACAGAACAUUAUGUGGAAAUAUUGAAGCAACAGUUUUGGAUUGGGAAAGCCCUGAUCUCAGUAUCACAGAACAUUUGCAGGCAGAGCUAAAAAAAUUUGUGGGAGUAACACUGCCUGCAAAUCUGACUCAGUUACUCCAGUUCUGACAUGAGGAAUGGGCCAAAAUUCCAGCAAACUAUUGAGAGAAGAUUCUAGAAGAAACUGAAAACGUUUGACCAAGUUGUACAGUUUAAAAGGCAAUUCUACCAAAUAUUAAGGAAAUGUAUGUAUACGUCUGACUUUAAAAAAAAAUAUUUCUUUUUAACUUUUGUUUCAUAAUUUGGGCAUUAUGCAAAUAGAAAUACUUUGGGUAAUCCUAACUGACCUAAAACAGGAAAUGUCUAGUCUGAUUUCUUGUCAGAUAGUGAGGAAAAAAGGUUAUGUGUCUUUUUAUAGAUUGUAAAUAUUUGGUUUUAACUGUAAAGAGCUUUCAGCCAAGAAACCCAAACAAUAAUCCCAUCACAUUUACAAACUACAGUUUUUCAGCACAAAACGCUUUUCCUAUCAGAAAAGAAAAAAACACCUUUUUUGAUUUCAGAUGGUGUCAUCAGGGUCUUUACAAAUAAUUUCCCUAUUUGUUAGAAAAACCAAAAUAUUCUUAUGCAAUACUGAAUCGGUUGUGUUUGGGUUGUUGUAGAACUGCUGUACCUGUUCUUAUGGUCCAAUUAUCUUUGGAUAUUAUGCACAAGCCCUCUAUACGACUAGUUAACCUCAGUCUCCGAGCAAAACAACCCCUCCUGCCCCCAGUCUGGAGCAAUGCUAGACAAUCCAAGUUUGUGAAAGAUGUCUGUGCCCCCCCCCCCCCCGUAAGAACAGCACAUAGAAAGGAGGUGGUGUGAAUGCUCAGGGAGGUGGACAGGGAAGGCCCGAGAAGCAGCUCGACGCGCCAGUUUUUUGACAUAGCACACUGAACUUUGCAGUUCCUGUUACGGGAAUUUAAAAAGAGGAUUUGGCUGCUUUCCUUCGAAAUGGUUUGUUUUCAAUGCGUUUUCGCAUAACUACAAAGUAUUUUUCUCACACACUAUCAGCUAAGGUCUGCCAGUUUCAAAGUGCAAAAAGGUGAGCCCAGUUAGUGGCUCUGUGAUGCAUUCUACAAAAUAUUACGAGCAAUAUGCCUUGUGUUGCAAUUACGGGUCUCUACAUUGCCGUUAUUACCCUUUUUUAUUUAACCCUAUCCAUCUAGUAUGUUUACACUUUUGUACCAAGAAGUAAUAAUAACCCCUUCAGUUGAAUUUUUCUCUUCGCAUGUGCUGGUGUGGUUGAGAUAGAGACAGGAGAACAGAAAACAGUCAUCAAACACACUAGUACUUGGGUGUAUCUGUGAACUAUGCCUAAAAUGUUAUGUCCUUUUCAGUGGCGGUUUUUGAUAUGGGCAGUUGCCCAAGGAAACAUUUGAAAGUGGGGCACACAAGCACUAGAUAAAAAAAUGCAAAUGCACUGCAUUUUAUCCCAACCCAGAAACUCAGAUAAUUCCCUGCAUUUAAUUGGCCGGGAGGGGUGCGCCAGAAGGAGUUGUUGGCCCAGGGCAGCAUACAUGCAAGAACCGCCACUGGUCCUUCUCAUUUUUUUUUCUUUAGAUUUUCCUGUUUAUGUGUGCUAUUUAGUCUGUGUGUAGUAUACAGUAAAAAUGUGCUGUUCCUUCUGUCUCUAUGUUGUCUGUUUGUAAAAAGCAAUAGUCUCUGUAUGUGUGUGUGUGUGUGUGUAUAUAUAAAUAUGUGUUUUGUUCUUACAUUGUGUGACUAAUAUUAAAAAAAAAACCAGACAAGGCUUUAAUAAUUACAGAGGAACAGGGUUAUGUGGAUGAGGAGAUUUUGGUUUUAUUUUUAAAGAAUUUUGAAGAAGGGAAAGGUUUUGGAAUUGCUGAGCUGGAUCCAUCCAUAUUCAGUAUAGGUUGUUUUGUUUUGUUUUAUUUAUUAAUAAAAAAAACUUAAAAAAAGCAUGACAUAACGCCUUCAACCAUUCAGCGGUUUUCAAACACUUGGAGGGGCAAAAUAAAGAGCAGGUCACAGCUCCAAAAACAUGCUUUUCCUGCUGUAUCGGUCGGGCCAAUGCAUGCUGAAAUAAAUUCCACCCUUUCAAAAAGCCGGCAUUUUGUUUAGAGCCCUCCAUGACUGCUGAUUGUGAAUGCCGGCAUUAUGUCAAGCUUGAAAACUGCCAGCGCCCGCUGUAAACCCAGACUUAUGAAUCCAUCAUUGCAUUUUUAAUAAACUCAUUUUCCAAAGCACAUGUGAUAAGAUUUUAAGAUUAAAAUUAUGUUUAAACACAAUAGUUUGAAAAGGAAAAAAAAAAGAAAAGAUGCAACCUUUAGCCAUAAUUGAAUGUCAAGCAAUAAUAUAUGUCGGUGUAUAAUUUCUCAUUCUUUAGUGCAUCUGCAUGUAAAUACACCCUCUUAUUUAUCACAAUUCUUUAGACAUUUUUUUUUUCUCUUUUUGUGGACAUCUCAUCUGUAUAUUUGACCAGUUCAGUUCCCAGGUGGAGAACAUUGAACUUGACAUGGCCUGUAUUGCUAUACGUGUUCUUUUUCUCACUCUCUUCCUCAUUCUCGGCUGUUUUUAUUCAUCAUGUUUAAUAUUAUUAUUAUUAUAAUUAUUGAUCACUUGUGUAAAGGUAGCUUUGUAACUUCUGUCUGUAUAGGUAAGAGGAAAAUACUGCUACUAAGGUCUACCCAGUGAAAAUAUUUAUAUGUUUAUCGAUUGCAUCAUAUUGUAUGAUGAAGACGUUUCUACUUUGCUUCCCUCCUUUAGGAUUAGUUUGAUAGAGAUAGGGGUGUGCUAACAUUUAUUUUGUGUUGCCCUAAUGUGUGGUGCUAGGUAAGUUAAUUUUGUGAACCAAGUAUUGAUUCCUAAGCCUGGCCGCCCAAUCUAGUUCAAUUAUUUCAUUGCCUAUUAAUGUAUUAUUGAUAUUAGGACUCGACGAAUUAUAAUGAUUAUAAUAAAAAUGAUAGUGGUAAAAAAGAAAAAAAGUACCCAGACAGUACCUGUAUCAGUGUGCUUGCUCUGGGAUAAUGCACUUAUUUCCUUCUGGCUUAUAGCAAAACUAGAAUCUGCUCAUUUAAAAGCUAUUUAAUGUUGCUUUUCUGGAUUUUUGUGGAGAAAUCCUGAUAUUCAAAAUGAAAAAGCUGUAUUUUUUCUUUCUUUUUCCUGAUUGUAAGAAAAACCACUCACUGAGGCUGUAGUUCGUCAGGUUUUUAAGAAGCUAACUAUUUUACCUCGUGUGUCUGUAUCAUCCCUUAUUUGACGUAGGAACGUGGUACUCAAGCCUCUGUAUGUUUUGACGACCCUGAAACAGCGCUUUUAUUGAGACCAGUGGUGUGUUUUUCUUUAUUUAUUGCGCAACAUAAAGUGUUUUUAAAAAACAGAUAUGAAAUGAUUUGCCAUUUGAUGACAAAAAAUCAACCUUUUUCCUCUUCUCUGUAGCAAAUAUCACUAAGAUAAUGCUCGCAAUAAGCAAAGUAUCACACUGAGUGCCUCUCGGUGUAACAAAAUGCAUACAUGGUUUUGAUUGUCCUUUUUUAUUUUCCAAAUGUGUACUGAUGUGACAAUGUAUUUUUUACAUAAGAAGAAAAUCUCACCCUCACUUGCUUAAAAAUGUUCUGUUUUUCUUCUUGUGUUGUUUCCAAUUGAUUUGGUGCAUUUUGUUGAAAGGGUUUUAAUGUAUAGAUGUCCUCCCUCACCUUGUUGUAGAAACUGGGAAGUUUUGUUACCCUGUUGAUCUCAAAUGGUCAAUAAAAGUUCGCAGAUAAUUUAUUACCUGAAAUGAUCACUUGCACAUUUAAUUUUUUUUUUUUUUUGAUUACAAAAAAAAAAUAACCUGACAUUUCUGCAUUUUCUGUUUGUGGUGUAUUUUUUUGUCACUGCAAACAGAAGAUUUGCUAAUGCAUUGUAUAUUCUGUAUUUGUACGUGUUUGUAAAACAAGCGUACAGCACAUCUGGUUCCUUUUAAUGUUCUGUGUUCAUUGUGGGCUGAGUCUGUUUGGGGUAACUCCACACAUGAAAGUUGGGUGGAGCAGGGGGUCAAUGCUUUUUUUUCAUUGCAAAGCAAUUAAAGAAAAAAAAUCGAAAAAGCCCAAACUAGUGUGUGUUUGACACAGAUUUCUAAGUCACACGUUUGCUACUGAUCUUAAAUGGCGACGGUUGAUCAUGAACCUUUUUAUCCAGCUCUUUUGAACUCUCUUUAGCAGGUAGUCUAAUUCACAAAUGUAGUUUUGCUCCUUCUUGUCUGAUUCUUAAAUAUGAAAAUAAGUAUUUUGAUUCAUUUUGUAAAUACAUAUGUAAAGAAGAAUAAGAAAUUUAAUGUUGUCUUUUAAAUACUUUUCAUUCUAAUAUGAAUGUUGUUAUAUUGUACUUAGAAACUGUACCUUUAAUAUUACCUUUAUUAAAAGUACAUUGGACACAUCGAUUUUAGAUGUGCUUUAUGUGCUGUUAUCCCAUAAUAAAAUUUACCGCUUGUAAUGGGCUUUGUUUUUCUCCUCUGAUUGUUCAUCUCUCUCACUUUGUUUGCUCUUUAAAAAUUAAUCGGUUCAUAGCGUUCUAAUAAGACCUACAAUAAUACAUGAUAAUAUACUUGCAUCUCAAUAAAAUUGGGAUAUCAAAACCUUUACUUUAGUAGGUCAGUUAAAAAAUUUAAACUUGUGUAUAUACAUUUAUUACAUAUAGAGUGAUAUGUUUCAAGAGCUAAUUUCUAUUGAUAUUUUUUUUAUUGCUAAAGAACCUAACUGUUCAUGGAGUGCUCUAUCUAAACAUAUUAUUGGAAAGUUAGGAGGAAGGAUAAGUUUAUUGCUAACGAGGGAAGGACAAGGCUAACUGCUAAACUAGCUGGCUAUUCAAGAGCUGUAUCCAAGAAUACUAAUGAAAAAUUGAGUGGAAGGUAAAACUUUAAUAUGAAAAAAGGAAGGAUAAUGUUAGCUGCUUACAAAGCUGCCUGUUUACAGAUUGCCAUAUCCAGGAAUAUUAAGGGAAAGUUAAAUGAAAGGAUAGCAGCCGACAUAAGCACAUCUUUUACCGGACUGCAAAGCAAAGUCUAUUCCAGAGCUGGGAGGAGGCUAAGACAUUGACUUUGGGUGGAGUCAGUGCUUUAACAACCACCUCACGCAGGCAUAUCCAGGACAUGAGGUUUAACUGUUGUACUCUUUGUGUUAGGCCACUUCUGAGCCAGAGACAUCAGAUUUGCCUUACCUGAGUUUUUGGUCUGCAUUAGCUGCAAGAUGUCAAUUACAGAAAUAAACGUCUGAAGUAUAUCACUCAGUGAAGAGUGAUUCAAUUAACAACUAUGAAUGAAUACAUAACAUAUAAAACAGUGUUAUGUUUUGAAUUAAAUUGCUUUUAAUUUACUUGGAUGUACCAUUUGCUUUCCAUGUCCUUCAGUAAUCAGUUAAACCAAAAAAUCUGACAGAUCUCUCUAUCAGUCUUCGUAACUGAGCAGAAAUCUGUGGGUACCUAACAACUGCAAAAACCUUACUUUGUACAAUUUUCUUCAUACAAGGCAGAACUGUUGUUGUAGGCUUGAAGCAAAAAUAUGCUGUUUUAAUGAAUGACUCCAUUUUCCUGCAAGGAAUAUGAAUUUUUCAUCACUUUUUACCAUGUAAUGCAUUAGAGAUCUCAAUGAGGCUUGGUGAACAGCAGUGCGAUAAAGUUGUAGACUAAUUUACAUAAUUUGAUAUUCUUCCAUAUGUAGACUAUUGAUGUUAUCGUUUUAUAACAGGAGUAAGGAUGUCAUCAUGAUUAGCUUAAUGUAAAAACAGCUAGUCUGUUAUUUAGAUUUAAAGAAAAGCUACUUGUGUUAAACUUUUGCUCUUGCCUUUUUGUGUUUGAGGUUGUUUGCAGUACAAGACAUGUGCUGGAGGGAGGUAAAAUACUGGAGAAGAAAUCAAGGUUGGCCUGCCAACAUGCCAUUGCUCUGAACAGUCUAAAACACUUUGUUAAAAGAGACCGUGAUGAAUACUUUCCAACUUUAUACUCAUUUAUUCUACACAAUUCAACUAAAACACAAACCAAUCUGUUAUGGGGAUGUAAAAAAAAUUAAAAGGUGUAAUAACCUUGUUGCAUAAAUGUACCAAUUCCUUUCUGAAGCACAUUCUGAUUUCAGAUGCAGACUUUUUGAGCUUACAACUACCAUCAGUUAUAGUAAAUCUGAUCUCCAAAUCUCCAAAAACGUUCAGCUGUAUUGGUAGGAUGUUCAUGACACUUCCUUUUGUUAUAUCAUGAAAACCUUAACUUUUCCAUGUUGAUCUCAAAUGGUCAAUAAAAGCUCGCAGAUAAUUUAUUACCCGAAAUGAUCACUUGCACAUUUAAUAUAUAUUUGUUUGAUUAUGAAAAAAAAAAAUAACCUGACAUUUCUGCAUUUUCUGUUUGUGGUGUAUUUUUUUGUCACUGCAAACAGAAGAUUUGCUAAUGCAUUGUAUAUUCUGUAUUUGUACGUGUUUGUAAAACAAGCGUACAGCACAUCUGGUUCUUUUUAAUGUUCUGUGUUCAUUGUGGGCUGAGUCUGUUUGGGGUAACUCCACACAUGAAAGUUGGGUGGAGCAGGGGGUCAAUGCUUUUUUUUCAUUGCAAAGCAAUUAAAGAAAAAAAAAUCGAAAAAGCCCAAACUAGUGUGUGUUUGACACAGAUUUCUAAGUCACACGUUUGCUACUGAUCUUAAAUGGCGACGGUUGAUCAUGAACCUUUUUAUCCAGCUCUUUUGAACUCUCUUUAGCAGGUAGUCUAAUUCACAAAUGUAGUUUUGCUCCUUCUUGUCUGAUUCUUAAAUAUGAAAAUAAGUAUUUUGAUUCAUUUUGUAAAUACAUAUGUAAAGAAGAAUAAGAAAUGUAAUGUUGUCUUUUAAAUACUUUUCAUUCUAAUAUGAAUGUUGUUAUAUUGUACUUAGAAACUGUACCUUUAAUAUUACCUUUAUUAAAAGUACAUUGAACACAUCGAUUUUAGAUGUGCUUUAUGUGCUGUUAUCCCAUAAUAAAAUUUACCGCUUAUAAUGGGC